CGGUAGUCUCCGCAAAACAGCCACAGUGGCUUCGCGAGAGGGCCAACACGUCGCAGCAGAAUAGAGCACUGCUAUGGAAGGACUCACGUUUUCCGGACUGGUGUUUUCUCUGCUGUUGUUCGAAGCAUCAAGAGCAAUUCCUCAGCCGCCCCUUUGUACAGUGCCUCCACCUGAGCUAGCGAACGGCGCUUACAUCGAAGUGCCAGAAGAACGCCUCGCCCUUUAUCAUUGUUUCGACGGCUUCUGGAUUAGUGGUUCCACGAACCUCACCUGCGUAAGAUCCAGAGACGGCAAAGAUACGUGGCUGCCUGAGACUUGGCCUGAGUGUCAUCCCUUCGAGGACUGCCCUGAGAUAAACCUGACAAAUGGCUACUACGAAGGUGACUGCUGUGUACCUUAUGACGAAGUUUUCUUCUUCUGCAACGACGACACACGUUACAGGCUGUUGGGAGAAACAACGGCUGUUUGCCUUCCUACCGGUAGCUGGAGCAAUCGGAUACCUACGUGUCAAGAUACCUAUUGCAAAGACCCAGGGAAAAGUAAGUUGGAUGAUCGAAUCCUCUUCAAAGGAAGUGCGCGCUACGACGACUGUUCACCCGAUGGCUGUGCUCCUGAGACGGUCGCUUAUUACAAGUGUGCGGAAGGCUUCGAGCUUGUGGGCGAAAGGACCAUUACUUGCACCGAAAAUGGCACUUGGACUCAUACGAAGCCGAAGUGCCGGCCGGACAAAUAUUGCAAUGAUUUCCACGUGGUGAACGGUGAUGUCGUUGGCGAAAGAUCUGGAGGCGAGUACUUCACCCCUGGAGACAGUGCUUUCGUCACCUGUGCGCCAGGAUACCGCGUCAGCGGAACAGAUCAGCUGUAUUGUGAAGACGAGGGCUUUUGGGCCGACGACGUGCCCACUUGUGUUGAGACUAACUGCACUCGGUUUAAGCCGGCUCAACACCUUAUUGUCGAUGAGUUCCUGAAUGACAACCGAACCUCAUUUCCCGAGGGGACAGCCAUAAAUUUCCAGUGUGACGUGGGUUUCCUCCUUGAAGGCGUCUUCAGCUCUACGUGUAGAAAUGGUGCCUGGUUUGGAAGGAUGCCCAAAUGCGACGAGAUACGCUGCGGUCACCUGAGGCCACCUAUGUACGGGUUGGUGGUACCAGUGGGUGGUAAUUACUCCACAGCUGUAGGCACCACACUUGUGUUCAGCUGCUUUCAAGGGUACACGCUGCUGGGUUCGAACAGACGCACGUGUGGUUUAAAAGGCCUAUGGGAUGGCGAGCCGGCACGCUGCAUUUCCAAUGCACUGUUGGCAUCACAGCGUCGUAAUGGAUGCGAGGAACCGGGCAUUCCCGACAAUGGUGCCCGAUACAGCAGCCCUUCGUACUCUGUGGGCAGCCUUGUUAAGUUUGAGUGCAACCGUGGAUACUACAUGUGGGGGAACGACACCAUUCGCUGCGAAGAAAAUCGAGAGUGGUCAGCUCGUCUACCUCUCUGUGUCGGAAAAUUUUACUACGACUCACCACGUUCCGUAAAAAAUAUCAUUACAAAGGAGGUGGGCACUAUUUCUAAGAGAGGCAAUGCCACUGUCACCGACAAUAAGGAACCAACAGGAAGGAUUAUUACAUUGAAUGGGAUAAAUCCGGACACAUACUAUGUAUUCUUCCUCUUUGAUGGCUCCACAAGCAUUGGAGAGAAGAACUUCCGCACAGGAAUCAGCCUUGCAAAAGCAGUUACCCGGAAGCUGGAUGUGAACCACACGAGUCAUCGUAUUGGGGCCAUUGUGUUUGAGAAAACCGCCAAAUGGGGCAUACGUCCCGAAGACGGAGCAAAUGAAGAAAUGCUGCUUAAAAAACUCGACGCACUGAAAUAUACGAGUGGCGGCACAUCCAUCAGCGCAGCGUUAAAGGAGCUGAAAGAGAACAUUGCUCGAAUCAGACACAACCGGGCUCUUCAGAAGGAAAGAGCGGCAAAGUUCGCUGCAUUUCUCAUUACAGAUGGUAAAGCGAACAUUGGAGGAGAUGCCGGGAAGGAUGCUGAUGAGCUGAAGGUGAGCUUUGGUGUGGACGUAUACUGCAUAGGCAUAACAGGGGCAGUGAACAUGGAAGCACUGAAGAAGAUCGCCUCCAAACGGGAGAACAUCUUCACCAUGCGCAGCUACGAUUCCCUACAAUGGCUGGUCGAUGAACUGACAAAUGCCACUGUCGAUUACAGCGUAUGUGGUGUUAGCUACAGCCACGAUCCAGAGACUGGACUCGACGACUCGAUGGAAGGGCGCAUAUUAGGUGGGACUGAAGCUGUCACCGUUUGGCCUUGGAUGGUGGAGAUAGGCCACGAGGACGGCAAGGCAUUAUGUGGUGGUACUAUAAUACAUAAGAAGUUCGUGCUCACAGCUGCCCACUGCAUGCAUUCUAAAGACGCCAAGACCGAGUUCACCCCCAGGAACCUGCGGCUGCGGGCGGGGCUCAUUGAUCGGAAUAACAAAGACGCGAUGAAGCUUCAAGUGGAACGCAUUAUCAACCACGUGCAAUACAAUCGUACGGCCAAUAACUUUUUGAAUGACAUCGCCCUACUGCAACUAAAAGAAGAAAUCUCCUUCCAGCGAAAUGUUCGUCCCAUCUGCUUACCCCCCCCGACACAUCAAAUGCGAGGGGAGCUGUUUUACAAGGAAGGAGAGACUGCCUUUGUCAUUGGUUGGGGUAAAAAUGGUGAAGCAAAUCCCGAAAGCUCUUUGAUGCAGUUGGCAACAAUCAUUUCUUCUCGCGAGAAUUGUUCAAGGAACGCAACAAACUUCCACGAGGGGAUGAUGUGCAGCAUUUCUAACAAAGGUGACACGUGCAGUGGGGAUAGCGGAGGCCCACUUAUGCAGGGUGUUCACAGAGAUGAGAAAACAUGGACACAGGUGGGCAUAGUCAGCUGGGGUCAAGGGGCCUGCAAGAAGAACAAGUUCUCAUAUUACACGGAUGUGUCUUUCUACAUCCACUGGAUACAGAGCCAGAUCGUGAAUGCGAAUAAAGGUGCCGCCGUCGUGGAACCUAAGUAAGCCGCUUCUACACCCGCGGCACUGAUGUGAAAGGCGGCGCCAGCUUGACAGUGAAUUGCCACCUACAAUUCUUGUGAAUUUUUUUGUAUGAGGAAUCGAUGCGAUACAAGAACAAUCUAACAUAUGUCACUGGGAAUAUGUUGUAUGACGUCCCCAUUGGUUAAUAAAUAUUACCAUUGCUUUGCUUC